UAACUUGGCAAUGAGAGGAAAAACCCAGUUAUAGUGUGUGGAUAUUGGGAGAUCAUCAAGGAGUGAGAGGAGGAGGGGAUCGAGUUGCUGGCGAAAAUGGAGAAUCCAGAAGCCGAAGUGUAUUUUGUGUUCUUGAACUUUGAUCCUGAGUAUGAGCGCCUGCGAGCGAACCAGUUGACAAAAGGUUCGGCGGAGCUCGAUGCUUAUCUGAGUAACAAGCACGACCAGCUGCUAGAAAGGCUGCUAGAACCAAACACUUACAAGAAGAGAUCUUCUUUGGCUAUUGUUGAUGGCUUCGCCGUGGAAAUAACUGAAAAGCAGGCAGCUAUCCUGAGAUCAGCUAAGGAAGUGAGGGUGGUUGAGAAGAACCAAGAACUUGCUUGAUCCAUGAGAUGUAAGAUGUGGGUACUCAAUGUUAACAUGUUUAGAAGGAGGUAACAUAAUAUGGUCAUGUAUUAUAAUAAUAAUCGUCCUGGAAGUUGGCUGGGUGUUGCAGUGAGAAACUUAUAAUAUCUAUGUCUGGUAGUGCGACUUUUGGGUCUGGCAGCCAUGGGCAAAGUCAAGGUUUGGGAACUGUCAAACCUCCUAGAGUAGGAUCUAGGGAGAGUCUUUAUUAAAGUCUUCAUUGACUUCAUUUUAAGGCGAUUGGUGUUUGACGACUCUGAAUGCUUAAGUUGAUUUGUUGUUA